UCACAAAGCCUAUGAAUGAAAAUGUUACAAUAUGAAUACCACAACUUACUAGGUGUGUGUGUUUGUGUGUAAUCAAAAGCAUGGGAAGCAGUCCAGAAGCAUUCGCUGCCACUUGAGAAAACAUUCACCAAAUGCAAAGACCUGGCGACAUGUUUUUUUUAAAAAAAGAUCAUGUGGUGACUGAGUUUCUGAGUCAUUUCCAGGAAGGGAAACUCCCAGUAGCUGAAAACGGAGAAAACGAAACUUACCUGGGACUUUUGCCUGAGGGAGCCAUGGCUGCUGCAGGGGGUCACAUCCAGCGACUCCGUGAUGAAGCCACUUGCUCUAUCUGCCUGGAUUACUUCAAGGAUCCAGUGACCAUCCCAGAGUGUGGGCACAACUUCUGCCGAUCCUGCCUGAUCCAGUGCUGGGGGGAAUCGGAGGCAGAGGCUUCCUGCCCUCAGUGCAGAGAAAGAGUCCAAAGAAGGAGCCUCAUCCCCAACAGGCAACUGGCAAACUUCGUAGAAAUAGCCCAGAAUCUCAGCCUUCAAGAGGGAAAGGAGGAAGGAGGGAAAGGAGGAGUCUGCGAGGAGCACCAGGAGCCCAUGAAGCUCUUUUGCAAGGAGGAUGAAGCCCUCAUCUGCCUGGUGUGUGACAAAUCAAAGGAACAUGAAAAUCACAAGGUGAUUCCUCUGAAGGAGGCUAUCGAGGAAUACAAGGGAGAGAUCUGUAGCCACUUGGAGAUUCUGAGGAGAGAGAGAGAGGAAAUUCUGGCCUAUCAAGCAGCUCUGGACAAGGAAAGCAAAGACCUCCUUAAAUUAACAGAAAAAGAGAGGCUGAAGACUGUGGAGAAGUUCAGGGAACUGCGCCAGUUCCUGGAAGAACAAGAGAAACGUCUGCUGAAUGAUGUGGAAGAGGUGGAGAAGAAGAUUGCAGGGAGAAGGGAUGAGCAGCUGGCCAGACUCUCCAGGAAACUCUCCUCUCUUGAGAGGAUCAUCCAGGAGAUGGAGGAGAAGAGUCAGCAACCAGCGAAUGAACUCCUGCAGGAUGUGAGAAGGACCUUGCAGAGGUAUGAGGAAAGAGAGAGUCCAGAGAAGCCACUGGCUUUCCCUCCAGAACUGAGGAACAGGAUCUUGGAAUCCGGUGAACUAAAUUGCCUUAUGGAGAAUACAAUGAAACAAUGGAAAGCAAAUGUCACUCUGGAUCCAGACACAGCCCAUCCUGAACUCAUCCUGUCCGAGGAUCAGAAAAGCGUGAGAAGGGGAGACAAACCUCAAGCCCUGCCUGAUAAUCCUGAGAGAUUCAGUGACUGGCUUUGUGUGUUGGGACGUGAGGGAUUCACAGCAGGCAGACAUUUCUGGGAAGUCACUGUGGGAAGUGGGGAAUGCUGGGCUCUGGGGGUCGCCAGGAAGUCUGUGGAGAGAAAGGGCAUCUUCCCCUUAUUCCCUGAGUGGGGGAUCUGGGCUGUGGAGAAGUGGGGAGGGGAGUACUUGGCCUGCACCUCCCCUGAUUCCUCUCCUCUGUCCCUGAGUGAGGAGCCCAGGAGGAUCCGGGUGACUCUGGACUAUGAAGGAGGAUGUGUGUCUCUUUCUGACGCUGACUCAGGAUCUGAACUCUACACGUUCUCAGGAGCCUCGUUCUCUGGAGAGACCCUCCUCCCUUUCUUUCAUCUGUGGGAAAAUAAAACCCACUUAAGUAUCUCCCGAGGAGACUAAAUCUGCCUCUCAGGCCCAGCAGGAGUUUCUCUCCAGACCAGAGUGACUGACAU